AUGGACUACCAGAACCGCGCCGGCUCCAAGUUCGGCGGCGGCGGCGUCGCCUCGCAGUCGGCCUCGAACGCCGACCGCCGCGAGCGCCUCAAGAAGCUCGCGCUCGAGACGAUCAACCUCGACAAGGACCCUUACUUCUUCAAGAACCACGUCGGCUCCUUCGAGUGCCGCCUCUGCCUGACGGUGCACCAGAACGACGGCUCGUACCUCGCGCACACGCAGGGCAAGAAGCACCAGACGAACCUCGCGCGGCGCGCGGCGCGCGAGCAGAAGGAGGGCAAGGGCGCCAUCGACCCGGCGACGGGCCUUCCGGCGGGCGUCUCGGGCGCCGGCUUCUCCGUUGGCCCGCGGCGGAACCUCGUCAAGAUUGGCCGCCCCGGCUACAAGAUCACCAAGAUCCGCGACCCCAUGACCCGCCAGCAGGGCCUGCUCUUCCAGCUGCAGUACCCGGACAUUGCGCCCGACAUCGAGCCCCGCUGGCAGGUCAUGAACGCCUUCACCCAGCGCGUCGAAGACCCGGACCGCAACUUUCAGUACCUCCUCGUCGCCGCCGAGCCGUACGAGACGUGCGGCUUCAAGAUACCCGCGCGCGAGCUCGACAAGCGCGACGACAAGCAAUUCUCCUACUGGGAUCCGGACUCCAAGGAGUACUGGGUCCAGGUCAUGUUCAUGUCCGAGCGCGAGGAGCGCUACGUUGCCGCCCCGGGUCUGAGUACGAGGAGGUGA